AUGCGACUGCGAGGAACUGCGACGAGUAAAGCCAAAACCGGGCAAGAAGGCUGCCGAGGUGAUCAAUUUGAUGAGAAGCGACCGCUGGGGUUGGUGCUACUGCGUGGUGAGCACAUUGUAUCGAUGACAAGUGAGGGCAUGCCGAAAGAUGAGGAAUCGAAGCAGUCCGGAAAGGCCGGUGGCCUUGGUGGAUCUGCUUUCGAUAAGCAUAUGAACAUUCUGCUAUGCGACUGCGAGGAACUGCGACGAGUAAAGCCAAAACCGGGCAAGAAGGCUGCCGAGGAUGAGAAGCGACCGCUGGGAUUGGUGCUACUGCGCGGUGAGCACAUUGUAUCGAUGACAAGUGAGGGCAUGCCGAAAGAUGAGGAAUCGAAGCAGUCCGGAAAGGCCGGUGGCCUUGGUGGAUCUGGUGUGGGCAGAGCAGCAGGCCGUGGUAUGGGCGCAGCCCUUAUGUCAGCUCCUGGCGGACCGGGACCUGGUUUGCAAGGUGCGGUUCGUGGUAUCGGUGGGCCCGGAAUGGGAAUGAUGCAGCCGCAGCCGAUGCCUGGUCCUCCGCCACCAGCAUUCGUCGUUCCCCAAGUAUUCGUGCCACCUCCACGGGGGCCAAUGUACCCGCCACCUCGUUGA